AUGCAGGUGUCAAGUGCCCCUGGAGGCAACAGCGGCCAUGGGUUCCUGGGACCAUCACUGGCCCCGGGAGGCAAGGCUGGCUGCGCCAAGCCACGCCUGUGGGCUCCCGGGACAUUCACCGACGGAGAGCAGAGUGGGAGAGUCCUAUUGUACUUAAAUAAGAAUAUCUCCCCCAAGACGGUGGCACCCAGUGAAGUGGACGCACCUGCCUCCAGCGAAGGCAGUGGCGAGGGCAGCUGUUUCGGAUCCUGGCUGGAUGGACGGUUGGAGGCGCUGGGAGUGGACCGAGCUGUUUACUGCGCCUACAUCCUGGGUGUCCUGCAGGAGGAGGAGGAGGAAGAAAAGCUGGACGCUCUGGAGGGCAUUCUCUCUGCUUUCCUGGAAGAAGAUUCCCUUCUUACCCUAUGCAAGGAGAUUGUGGAACGAUGGUCAGAAACUCAGAAUGUUGUCACCAAAGUGAAAAAAGAAGACGAGGUACAGGCCAUUGCUACCCUAAUUGAGAAACAGGCACAGAUUGUGGUGAAGCCCAGGAUGGUGUCAGAAGAGGAGAAGCAGAGAAAAGCUGCCCUCCUGGCCCAGUAUGCUGAUGUGACAGACGAAGAAGACGAAGCAGAUGAGAAGGAUGAUUCAGGUCCACCACAAUUGAACAUUGGUUCUGACAAACAGUUGAAGAACCUGUGGCUCAAGAUCCCCCAAAUUAUAUCUGCAGAAAAGCUUGAGGACCUCUAUUCUGAGAGGAAGGGGUUCCUCAUCCUAAGGGAAGACAUACAUAAAGUGCUGGCUUUGGUUCAAGGAAAAUAG